AUGUCGCGGCGGGCGGUGCGGGUGCUGCGGCUGGGCGCGGUGCCGUACGCGGAGGCGCUGCGGGUGCAGGAGCGCUGCGUGGCGGCGGCGCGGGCGGCGCGGGGCCCGGCGGCGGGCCGGGGCGGCGCGGAGGCGCUGCCGGCGGAGAGCGUGGUGCUGAGCGAGCCGGCGCAGCCCGUGUAUACCUGGGGGCUGCGGGGCGCGCCGGGCGCGGCGGCGGCCGCGGCGCUGCGGGCGCGGGGCGCGGCGCUGGUGGCGGCGCGGCGCGGCGGCCACAUCACUUUCCACGGCCCGGGGCAGCUGCUCGCCUUCCCCGUGCUCGACCUGCGCCGCCGCCGCCUCCCGCUCCGUGCCUACGUGGCCGGGCUGGAGGCUCUGGUGCUGCGGCUCUGCCGCCGCCUCGGGCUGGGCGCAGUCCGCGCCCUCCCGCCGCCCUUCACCGGGGUCUGGAUGGGCGACAGCAAGCUCUGCGCCAUCGGUGUGCACUGCGGGAACCACAUCACCUCGCAUGGGCUGGCGCUGAACUGCUGCACCGACCUCUCCUGGUUUGAGCACAUCGUCCCCUGCGGGCUGGAGGGCAAGGGCGUCACUUCGCUGAGCCACGAGCUGGGGCAGCAUGUCGCCGUCGGCAACGUCAUCGAGCCCUUCCUCGACUCCUUCCAGGAGGUGUUUGACUGCACUUUGGUCUCUUCAGAAGACCCCGGGGAUUAGAAUUGUUGUGAUGCCUUGGCCGGGUGUUUUGGCAAAGCCAUGGUGCAGCCAGUGGGCAUCAGGGCAGUGCCGGGGUCUCUGUUGUGAGAUGAGUUCUUGUGCCUUUGCCUGUAGACUGUGAUUGGACUUUGGCACAGGGUUUCAGGCUGCUGCUCGAUGAUCCAAACCUCCCCUGGGGCUGUUCUCUCCAGCCCUGUGAGUCUCCAUCUUUUGGCUGAAACUUCCAUGGGUACCACUUUCUGGGGAAGUACUCAAACAGGUGCUUUUGUGGGGUUUUUUUCUGCUUUUUGCCUCACAACAAUUAAAGAUUUGUGUGAAUGCUCAUGAAUUCACAUGAAUUCUCAUGAAUUCACAUGAAUUUGUGUGGCUUGAGCAUCCUUCCCUUGCUGACGGGUAAGAAGAGGCAGAUUUUAUAUAUAAAGACAGUUGCUGUGAAUUUUGGCUGCCAA